AUAAACUGUUAUAAAUAAUUAAGUUUAUUUAGUUUAGUGACCAUGAAUGAGAGUAUAACUCCAUCAGAGCCAGGAAAAGCUAGGCGAACUCCUGGAGAUCGUCGCAAGUGGAAAAGAAACCUAGCAAAAUCUAAAAGAUACGAUCCUCCAGGGCCACCAGAAUAUCCUCGUUGCGACCAUUUGAACAAGUCUUAUAAAUGCAAGAGGCUAACAAUGAGGGACAUCAAAGAAUUUCAUGCAAAUUUUUCCGCAACUCGCGAGAAGAACUUCCAGGAUGCUUUUAUCAUCAAACAUGUAAAGGUAACAACUGCAAAAAGACCACGUCCUAAAAAGAAGCCUACGUCUACAAAGAAAGUUAGUACAAACUACUACAUUAGACUUUCCGGCACGGAGAAGUUUUGUUUACGUGUAUGUCAGCAAACCUUUGUUGAUAUUCUUCAAAUCUCACGGAAAAGAAUUCAAGGCUUAGCUCGAAAAUUUCUAAAUACGGGUAGAAUGCCAGUGGAUAGGAGAGGUGGAGCAAGACCCAAUCAUCUCUAUGACAGGAAGAAAACCGCUAUUAGAGGGUUUAUAGAAAAAUUGAAAUGCUGUGAAAGUCAUUAUUCUCGAGGUAAGUCUGCAAACCGACGAUAUUUGCCUGGAAAUUUUAUUAUUAAUAAAUUAUAUCGAAUGUACAAUAAUGAACAGCCGAAUUAUUAA